UCAGCGUACCUGGGCUGAUGAGGUGUUUGUGUUGACCUAGGUUCUUGUGUUGAAUUCAUCGCAUCAUGAAGACACUUGCUCUCAUCGCGUUGGCUGUAGUCCUGUUCACGGCUUUUGUGCAGGAGACAGCGGCUUGGGAGGAUGGGGACAAAGCGCCUACAUAUAAAGAGUGGAAGGAGGCGAUGGACAAAUAUUCUGACUCCAACGGCUGCGAUUGCUCUAAUUCAGUGUGCAAGUGUUGUCUUGGAUUCAAAAUCGUCGGGAAAAAGAUCAACGCUUGUGGUACGACUGAAUACAGCAACAACUUCAUCAAGGUGGCUCUGAAGUUCCUGGGUAGCACCGUCGCCAGUGCGUCAUUCUUAGUGACAGACGAUAAGUACGAAGCGUGUGGCAAGAAGAGUGGUAUCAAGGUUUGUCUGUCACUGGUUGACGUCGUCAAGACCACCAGCUCCUUCUCAGCUAAAACCAAGAUCAAGGUGAAGGGAGUCGGCAGCAAGAAGUCUGACAGAUUCACCAUACCUUUAAUUUAGCUCGGAACCAGGCCUACUACCAACCAUCCAUCACGUGAUGAUGAUGUCAAUUUUGACUACUGGAUGUUUUUGUAUAACCGUAAACUUAUCUGGAUUUCAUUAUGAAAAGCCCAUUUCCGUUGAAACUAUCCUCACGGAAUAGUCCUGAUCCGAGACAACGCGGCAUUAUGACGUCAGUCUUUGUUUACACGUGCGCUUCAUGGUUCUAGUCACCACCUGGCUCCCAUAGGAAAAUGCACAUUUAUACACAGUGUGACGUCAUUAUGUUUCAGGCACA